AUUUUAAAAGGUGUUUCUGGGUUAUUCAAGUCUGGUCAACUGACAGCUAUAAUGGGUCCUUCGGGCGCCGGAAAAUCUUCCCUCAUGAACGCACUCACUGGUUUUUCAACUAAAGGCGUUACAGGAAGCAUACGUGCAGGAGACAGUGUUUGUGAAUUAAAGCCUAAAGGCUCACUAAAUUCUCUCAAAGCGUACAGGAAGAAAUCUUGCUAUAUACUCCAGGAUGACAGACUGAACCCAUUGUUCACUGUGGCCGAGCUAAUGAAAUUCGCAGCUGAUAUGAAAUUGGGUGAUACUUUGACAGAUAAAUUGAAACUGAGCGUGAUUAAUGAAAUAAUCAAUACACUAGGGUUAUCAGGGUCAGAAAACACGAGGUGUGCGUGUCUCUCUGGUGGACAGAAGAAACGAUUAUCGAUAGCAGUGGAACUAAUCGACAACCCUCCUGUGCUUUUUCUAGAUGAACCUACUACAGGUCUAGACAGCAGCACAUCAGCUCAGUGUAUGCAAUUGCUAAAGAACUUAGCAAGCAAUGGUCGCACGAUAGUCUGCACUAUUCACCAACCGCCUGCAUCCGUGUACUCGCUGUUUGAUCAAGUAUACAUGCUUGCAGAAGGCAUGUGCAUAUACCACGGGGCCAGUGAAAACACAGUCCCUUACCUUGCAUCAGUAGGGCUCCAGUGCCCGAGGUACCACAAUCCUGCGGAUUACAUUCUAGAAAUAGCAACCGGAGAAUACGGAAAAUUCAAUGAAUUCUUAGCAGAGAAAUGUCUAAACCAUGUGUGGGCGGAGAAACCAGCAAUUCUGCCAGUACCAGACAGAAUAAGCGAAGUGAUAUCAUUAGGAAAGACAUCGGUCAUCAUCAAUCCACCGCACGAGCUGUACAAAUUUGGGAAACUUUUUAAGCGGUGCAUCUUGCAACAAUACAGAGAUUGGACUGUCUCUCACCUCAAGCUGUUUAUGCAUAUGGUGAUCGGCGUGCUACUUGGGUUGCUCUAUGAGAAGGCUGGUAACGAUGGAUCCAAGACUGUCAGCAAUCUCAGUUUCCUAUUAGUCAGCACUGUUUAUCUUUGCUACACAUCGCUUAUGCCUGCUGUACUGAAAAUACCAACCGAGAUGUCAGUUUUGAAGAAGGAAAACUUCAACAACUGGUACAAUCUGAAGACGUACUAUGCAGCGCUGCUUGUCACCGGCAUGCCUCUACAGAUAAUAUACAGCUUCGUGUAUUCUGUCCCGUCGUACUUUCUAUCCGGCCAACCGGCUGAACCGAUCCGGUUCGUUAUGUUUGUCAUAACACUCGCCAACGUCGCACUCCUCGCUGAAGCCAUGGGCAAUGUCAUUGGAACAUGCUUCAACCCCGUGAAUGGAACCUUCCUAGGGGCGAUAUGGACGUGUGCUAUGAUCGUGUAUGCUGGGUACCUCGUCCUACUAGCGCAUAUGAACACAGUGAUGCGAGCUGUAUCACAUGCGUCGUUCCUGCGAUAUGCCUUCGAAGCUCUAGUUCUGGCCAUCUACUCCAAUGGAAGGCAGCCACUAAACUGUCCCGAGAAUAUUACUUACUGUCAUUUGAAGCAUCCCAAAACAGUCAUCAGUGAAUUCAGUCUUAAGCCGGACAACUACUGGACCGACAUUUGGAUCCUAGUUGGAGAACUCGUCUUCAUCAGGAUAUUAGCUUACUUCACAUUGAAGAGAAGCGUCAAAGCGUCUACCUAAGUUAAUCGAAUAACGAUAUCAUAUACUGGUAAACAGACUAACUUACAAUACAAUAAAUUAUGAACUACUUAGGUAUUACCAACUCUCUUACCUAAGAGAAAGAGUGACACAUGUAGCAACUUCAAUAUGAAGUUGGUCCUUUGAGCUUCAAGAAAGAUAAAAGGACCAAUUAGUAAUUAAUUAUUUUAAUCCACUUGUACGACUAUGUACGAACGUAGCAUGACUGAUUUAAAAUAUUUAAAUACCUAGGUGCAUUGUUUUAGGGAUUUGAGACAUUGUUAAUACUAAACAUUAUAUGGCUAAUUGAUCCAUUGCUAUUGCUUAGUCUAGGUACAUGGCUCGAUAUGUAUAGGUGUAGGUACAGGCUUUUAAAUAGUUACCGUGCAGUUACCAAUAUUAUGUAAGGUACUGUUAUUAUUUAACUCUUUAUUUAAAAAAUAUGUUUUACAGCUGCGCAGACAUUUGUAAUUGCCUUAAAUAAUUGUACACUUAAGUCAUACCUACUUGGUUAAUGGCGAAGUAGGAUUAUUAUUUAGUAAAAUAAUAAAUUAUAAAUAUAGGUAAGUAAUUUAAGUUGUAAAAAUCAAUACCUAAUUAUUCUAUAAAAGCAUUUAUUGACUCUUAGAAUUCAUUAAAUAAUGUUAUUAAAAACUGCAGUGCCUUCGGUCCGCGUUUUGGUCUUUUGCGUAGGUAAUAUAAAAUGGAUCAUAUAAAUAAUAAUUAAUCUUAUUUAUAAUAUUUCUUAACAAAUAUUCUAUUCUUGUAGUUUACUUUAUGUAUCUACACGGUA